AUGCACAUCCGGCUCGCUACAAUUGCAGACGCGCCAUACGCGGCUGAAGUAUCAUUCGCAGCGUAUUGGAACAACGAACUAUACUGCUGGCUCUAUCCACAGCGGGAUAAAUACCCCAGCGAUCUCAUAGAGUCACUGAGAAUUCGUAACAAGAUUGGAUUUCUGUCGCCUGGGGUUGUGUCGACUGUUGCUGUCACAGACGAGAAUGAUGGCUUAGGUGACCCGGGGCGCAUUAUUGGAUUUGCCGUGUGGAGGCGGUUUGGUAGUGAUCCAGAAGCGCAGAAGUGGAUGCAUGAUAGACUGGACAGAUACUUACUCUCGUGGGAGAAAUGGUACCAAGACAACUUCCUCGACUAUGCAACCGACUGGAAACGGGUAGCAUACUUCAGAUCUGUCAUAUCCAAGGUUGUCUUCUAUAAAACACUUGAUGAUUACUGGCUGCUUAAUUCACUCGCUGUACACCCUCAGGCGCAGCGUCGAGGAAUCGGCAGCAGAUUGUUAGAAUGGGGCAUGCAGACUGCCGAGAGGGAAAGCGUUCCCGUAGUCCUAGAGUCGGCGCCCCCAGCGAGGGCUUUAUAUGAAAGGGCUGGUCUGAAGGUUUUCGAGGAGAUCGAGGUCGAAGGUAUUGAGCCUGGAUAUGCGAUGCUAUGGGAGCCAGAUCGUAUCAAAGGGACAUGGCUGACCAUGGACGAUAAGGGAAACACAGUCUUGAGAGGCCAGAAGCUUAAAGCUCAGGAGCGAGAAGAAAAGAUGUGA